GCAUCAAAUUACAAAUAGAAAUGCACAUAAAGUACUUGUACUUUGUGUUGUCCUCCUUGUAAUAAGAUUUUGUUCAGGAUUGUACAUGGUGAGGUUUUAUCUUUACGCAAUGACAACGUGAAGCCUGAAGAUGACGGCAGAGACACUCUGUAAUGUAGUCGCAACAGCGCCCCUAUUGGCCGAUGGCUGUCACUGCCACAACAUCGUCAAGCAAGGUGUCACUCGACACGCCAGUGGCUGACAGCCUGUCACCUUUUCGCCAACCUUGCCAGUGGCAGCCAAUGUUGCUGUUGGAUCACCUUACCAGUGAUGAGAAAGAAGCCUGUUUUGGAGUUAACGAAAAGUAAGGCAAAGGUCAGUUGGACUACGAAUCCAGAAUAAUGUCACAAGUAAUGGCGGGUGGGGUCGAGCAUUGUGACAAUAACACGCCACACCCUGAUCUUUUGACUUCCCAAAACCUCAACGAGACACAGACUGAACAUUCUUCAGCUUUACAAAAUGAAUUUGGAGGCGGUGCGUUUUUCAACAACAACCAGGAGGCAGAGAAAGAGCGAUACCAAGAAGAAGAAGAGGACAUUGAUGAAGUGAUGAAGGACGAGGAGGAAGAAUCUGAGGCAUCAAGUUGCCUACUUAACUGCCAGUCCCCAGAUACUCCCAUGACUGACUCCUCCUAUUCAGAAACAGGAAGCAUAUUGGAGAAUCCUUUCAGUCCUGGUACAAGUCCAGAACCUACAUCCCCUGUCAUCCAAGAGAAAUCAUCUCCCAUCAGCUCUUUGGAAGUGGGUCAGAGUGAAGUGAACUUCGGAGGCUUUAACGUUGAACCUCUUGCAACCAGCACAUCAGGAGUGACCUUCACUAGUACAGGGCCUGUGCUCUCUACUCAUAUAUCUUUAACCUCAGACACUGGGCUGAGCUGCACUGAUGGACAAGCGCUUGUCUCACUUACAUCCACUUCAGAACCUCUCACAAACUCUACUCUGCUCUGCGAAAGACUUCCAUGUACCAUCGGGUCUGCUGAAAUGACAUCCACCUCAAGGCCCAAUACUUCCAUUACCUCUAAUAAUCAAACAAUAAUGCCCCUCACCUUCAUCACCAAGCACACAGAGUCUUCAUCCUCUACUGGACCUCUACCCUCAGAAAACAAUAUUUCCUCUCUAGUGCCCACUUGCUGCACUACAAGGCUCACCUCUCCUCUAAUGGACUCUCUGGAGCAGUUGGCCCAUAGAGGCGAUGAUGCUCGCCUUCCACUCGACCUACAUCAGAUCGCUGAGGCCUCUGUCUUGCAUGAAGAUUACCAGCUGGCUUUAAGGUGUAUCCAGCUGGAGAGGCUCUAUCACCAGAGAGUUUUGGACAACCUCAAUGCUCUUCAGCAACAGUGGGAGAGUCAGUGUAUGAGAACCUCCAGCAGUCUGGAAGCCCGACAUCUGGACACUCUGAGAGACAUCUGCCAGACACACACUCGACCAUGUGCUGCAGAUGUUGCGUCUGCAUCUCUGGACUACUUAAAGUCCACCAUUAAACAAGGGGAUGCACUGCUUCCACAUCCAUCAGCCUAUCAGACUGAAUGUGGGAUGCAGCAGAGAUUUCAAGAUUUCUCACAACAACUCCAUUCCCCCGACAGUUCAGAAAAAGACAGGGAACACCCUGAAUGCAAUUUAGAAGGGAGGGUCGGUUUCCAUGGGACUGAGCUGACUGAGAAGGAGGGCAGUGGCAAAGAGCAAGGGGAGUGUCCGGAACAUACCAAUUCACAUGAGGGAAACAUGGUGUACCCCUCUGAAGAUGGAGAAAUGGAUCAGACCAAGCCCGCAGAGCAGCAGGGUGGAGACUUAGGUCCAGCACAGGAAAAAGAAGUGAAUAGGGAAGAAGAAGGGAGCAAUGUGGGAAAAUCUGCAGAGGCACUGAGUAUGGAGGAUGAGACUGAAGAAGAAGAGGAGGAGAAAGAGAAGAGGGUGCCCAAAGUGGAGACACUGCACAGGGAAAUAGAAGCAGAGGUGGAAGCUCAAGAGGAGAGCAAUGAAAGCUGCCUGCUGCAGCAUGAAGCCCAUCUUCCCCAAGAGGCUCGUCUGGAACAGGACAAGCUAGGCAACGAAGUGGAGCAAGAAGAAUAUGAGGACGAGCUAAGGGACGUCUUCAGAGAAGCGGUCACACUGGACGACAUGGCUAGACUCAUCACUGUAGAGGAAAUGUCUCCUGCCUGUGGCCUCAUCUCCAUCUUGAAGAAGAAACAUUUACCUGUAGAUGAUGUUAGCUCAGACUUCAAGCCCAAUAAACCAACUGCCAAAAGACGGGUCCGCUUCAGAGUGGCAGAUGAUGGCUUUGACAACGAUGUUCGCGGGAGGGACUCGUGCCUGCUCCUCUUCCUGCUUUGUCUGGUUACUGUGGUGAUCAGCGUGGGCGGCACCACCCUUUAUUGCGCACUGGGGGACGUCAAUUCGUCCGUCUGUCAAGACUUCUCCAGAAAUGUGGAUUUCUACUUUGGACAGAUGCAGCGCGCCGUUACGCAGAUCCAACACUGGUUUGGUCCAAGUUCAUCGUAGCAACAGCAGCAGCAGCAGAGUUUUAUGACUUGCCCUGUGCAGGUUAGUGUCUCCCAGGUGUACCUGUUUAGUUUGAAGGGGUCCCCAUUGACUGAAUGACUUAUCACACCAAAGGUCUCUCUGGGUUUGAAAUCAUGACUGGAUCCACAUUUCUUACUUGACUCCCUUAAAAACAAAACAACUUAUGUAAUUUGUAAAACAAAAAAAAACAGUUUGUGAGCUAGCAGGCUCAGACACACCCAGCACACACACACACAUGCUGCACAAAUCGUGGCCUCACAGGCAUGUUGCAACCCUGAGAGUUGCUUUUAAGGAUGUCUUUUUGUGUGUUUUGUAAAAACCCAUGCAUUUCUUCACUAUUUGGAAUGAAAUCAUCAUGUCUUAAUCAUGUCUUAACGCAUUGAUUGUCAUCAGUGAGGCAUUUAAGUGUUUUUUAAUGAGCCACUUACUUGGGGUAAUGAUUCUGAUUUAUUGCAGUACAAAGCACUGAUCUUAAGCUAUGCAUUGUUUUACCAUGUAACUUCGACAAGCAGAUAUAUUACAUCUACUUACAGGAUUACAGUACGCAGGACAAGAAUGUUUAACUCAACAGGUACAGACAGCUUUUGUCUUUAUUUUGUGUAAUAUUCUCUGUUAUGUGUGUAUAUCACAAUGUCAGUGGGAUGUUAUGUAGCAUUGUGUCAGCCCAGCUGUGUCUUUGUAUCUCUCAGGAUUUCUAUACAUCGUUCUUGUUUCUGUUCACUAUCCAGGCCUUGUGUUUGCCUCUGAAUGCAACACAGGAUUGUGUAUCAACUUUUGUUUUAGUUGAAAGUCUACAUUAUAUGUCUUACUUAAAGGAGAACUGCACUUUUUUUUCCAUUCAAAAUCAUGAUGAAAGACAUGAUGACGGAUGGAUUUUUUUAAUGCAUUCUAAAUAUUAAAUACAUUCGAUCAAAAGUCCGCUUACAAUGGAGCCUAUAGGAGCCGUUCAAUUCUGCCUAAAGAGCCCCUAAAAACAUCCUAACACCUCCAUUAGGGUUUUAUGUACAUGAUGUAAGUACCGUAUUUUGCGGACUAUAAGUCACAGUUUUUUUCAUAGUUUGGGACUUAUACUCAGGAGUGACUUAUGUGUGAAAUUAUUAACACAUUACCAUAAAAUAUGAAAUAAUAUUAUUUAGCUCAUUCACGUAAGAGACUAAACGUAUCAGAUUUCAUCAGAUUUAGCGAUUAGGAGUGACAGAUUGUUUGGUAAACGUAUAGCAUGUUCUAUAUGUUAUAGUUAUUUGAAUGACUCUUUCCAUAAUAUGUUACGUUAACAUACCAGGCACGUUCUCAGUUGGUUAUUUAUGCGUCAUAUAACGUACACUUAUUCAGCCUGUUGUUCACUAUUCUUUAUUUAUUUUAAAUUGCCUUUUAAAUGUCUAUUCUUGGUGUUGGGUUUUAUCAAAUAAAUUUCCUCCAAAAAUGUGACUAAUACUCCAGAGCGACUUAUAUAUGUUUUUUUCCUUCUUUAUUAUAUAUUUUCGGCCGGUGCGAUUUAUACUCCGGAGCUACUUAUAGUCCAAAAAAUACGGUAUAUAUGUAAUGUAGUAACAGGCACAAUUAUAAUAACAUUUAAUAUUUAUGUAUUUUGAUCAUUUUAAGCAUACACGGCACAUUCAUUUUUAAAACGCAUCACCACAUUUUUUUUUCUUCAUCACUGAUUCCUGCUCACUGCAGACUUAUUGAGAGCCCAUCCAUCCAUCCAUUUUCUACCGCUUAUUCCCUUUAGGGUCGCGGGGGGCGCUGGAGCCUAUCUCAGCUACAAUCGGGCGGAAGGCGGAGUACACCCUGGACAAGUCGCCACCUCAUCGCAGGGCCAACACAGAUAGACAGACUACAUUCACACUCACAUCCACACACUAGGGCCAAUUUAGUGUUGCCAGUCAAUUUAUCCCAAACAUAAUUUAACCUCACUUAAUGUAUGAGGUCUGCUGUCCUUAGGAUGGUCAUAUAUUCCCAUUUAAGAUGAAAAAUGUCUCAUAAUCCUCGCGAAGAAACGGGGUGGGGGGAACAACUUAUUUUCGUGUCGUCCUCGCCAGUUUCAGGUCCCAAAUAGCGUUCAACGUGUCCCAACUCGUCAGAUUAUAUUAACAGCCACCUUCUGUCCAGGUGAGAGGCAUGAUUUAUGAUCUACAAUAAAUUUACAGGGAAUAGGGAAGCAUGAAAGCAGCAGACCACUUGAUAAUGUAAAGAUUGGCACACAGGAAAUGAUCAUGUCACCUCUAUAAAUACUUUGCCUGCAUUAGUGCUUAUAAUAUUACUAAUACUUGGUUAAUAUUCAAGUCACGAGAUGUAAAUGGAGUAUUGUUGGCGGUUAUCGAAUUUUAUGGGUGGAAUAGAGGAGCUCCGAUUGUCUCCGCUGUAAGCGGACUUUUAUUUACGUCUGUUUAAUAUUUAGAAUGCAUUAAAAAAAAAAUCCAUCCGCUGUCAUGUCUUUCAUAAUGAUUGUGAAUGAUAGGCAAAAUGUAAAAAAAAAGUGCAGUUCCUCUUUAAGCAGUAUGUCGCAAAUACUAAAGCAAAAGUUUCAACACGUGAGAGGAGCUUCCAUGCAUAAUUGAUAGUCUUAGAUCAGUAUUAUCAUGUCACACAAUGAUGUAAAGCAUUGUGAUUUCCUUCUUGUUUUUAUUUGCACGAGUCUCCUGGCUGGUUCAGAUGACUCCGAUAAGUCUACUUAUUUAUGACUGGGUGGGUGCAAAGAUUCCGUAUACUGGUCAUCCUCACUUUAAUGAUUGCUGUUGCACAUUAUAAUAGUUUUUCAUCUUUUAUGCAGGCUUUUUUUUUUUUAUAAUGGAAUGCUUUUUAACUAAUGAUGUGUAAUUUGCUUUUAUCACUUUUCUACCUGAAAGGUUCGGUUACAUUAGAUUGUGAUGUUUGUACAGUCUUCCAAGCAAGGCAAUGUGGUUUGUCAUAAUCUGAUAACCGCAUUGUUCACCGUGGUCUUAUAUUUGAAGAAUAAGAACAAAAGUUAUUAUUAGGAUGCUUCAACAGCACUAAUUUGCUCUGUUCAUGUUAUAUGGGUAAGGAUUAGUACUGAUAGUAAUACAGUACAUUCUUAUUUAUACCUGUGUAUUUUAUCUUAUAAGAUAUUCCAUCUUUGGUACCUGUUAAUGUCUAACCCUGAAGUAAAGUCUUUAAAUAUGUAUUUAGCUGACUUUGUCACUGCUUUUAAAUUCCUUGUGUUUGUGUAAAAUUAUGUAUUGUCUCCUCUUUGUGUGCGUGCGUGCGUGUAUAUAUAUUUUUUACCCAUAUGGAGCUCUCAAAUAAUGUUACUCCAGAUAAAACUUCAAAGUGUGUUUUCUUUUGACGGAGAA